AUAGAUGCUGAUGCAUUUGGGAAUUACAACACAAUAAAGGGCUAAAUCAUAGAUCCUCCAUUUGGUUAUAAUCCAAAUGCAUUUAUAUUACUGUUAUUAUGAAGUGCCAGGAACACAGGCAGUCCCUCGCAAACACGUUAAAUAGACAAGAGACUAAAUUCUGCCCUUGGUUACACUUGCACAUCUCCAGAGCAAGGUUGUUAAGCUGCAGAGCAGUCUCCCCAGGGAAGCUGUUUGAAUAGCCCUGCCAUUGUUCUAACAAAGCUCAGGGAUAAUGUAGCACAUGAUGAGAGUAAAUGAAGAGUAUUUUACUUCAGAUUUGAUGGCCUGCCCUUUCCAGCAUUUUACAAACCAAAUCUCUUUUGUCCCUAUUUCUGUGGGGUAGCCCCAGUCCCCAGACCAAAACUUACAGCAUCCCGUCAGAACAAUGUCAGGAGAGGACAUGGUCUCCUCUUUGCCAUUUUCUUGAUUCAACCACAUUAUCACUUGUGAUCAUUAGACUGUGGCUUCUACAAGGAGGCAUUUGGACUUAAAUUCCUCCAAGCUGGUAUGUCCUGUUCCUGUAAAAUUCUCAUUCAGCAGGCAGCACCCUGUGGGACGGUAAGGAAUCUUCUGGACUUCCACGGACAAGCUGUGCAGGACUAGGGAAAGCAAUGCUGGGAAAUGCAGGUUGGAGGCAUUGCUCCAGGCAGGUCUGCUUCAUGCUGGCAUCUAGAGCUGCAGCAGAGAUCAUGAAAACAGCCUCUGGAUUGUUCCUCUUGCCAGAAAGGUGGAGAGUGAGAUCUUCAGUGAGAAGUGAAAUUAAAUUUAUUAGUGAUUAAAAGGACAAGAGAGAUGUGUUGGAAACAACAAAUGCCAAUGAGGCCUCUCAGCUGCUCCCCUAAGCAACUUGCAGUCUCGGUGGAACAUCAGCUUCUCAGUCCAUCAAAUUGCAGUAAUCAAGUCUGGAGCUGAUGGGAGUGUGAGUCACCACUUAAUUUUCUCAUCAGUGGAGGCCAAGUUUUCAAAAUAUUUUUAGAUGCAUUUCCACAGAGAUUUCUGCCAGCCAGUGACCUAUAGACUGACAAGAAAAUGAGCAAUAGCUGCUGCUGCUGCUGAAUCAGACUUUGCUCCCUGCCACCUAGCCUUCUGACCAUAGUCAGGGGCAGGGAGGGCAGGUAAAUCAAAGGCUUUUGGAAUUCUUAUGCAGAAAAGAGCCCUGCUGAGCUGAUAGGAACACCUGGGUUGGUUAAGUAACAAAAUAACCUGUGAAUUCUUAGGCUGCCUGGUAGGUUCAGAUAAACUUUGACUGUGUUGCUAGCCCCAACCAGAAGCAGGUGUGAGAUUAGGAACUGAUUGUGAUCCGUGCUCCAGGGACAACCCAUACCCAGCAGCUGCAGCCCACGGAAGAGGCCGUGCAUCUCCUAAGGAUCCCGUGCUGGUGCAUCUCAUUUGCUCUUUGCCUGUGUUCAAAACUGCCACCUGGCACAACCAUUUGUCAGCUGGCCCAUACCCAAGAUGUCACAAAAUUGUUUUAUUUCCUGGUGCCUUCUCUGUGUAGUUUUGCCACUUCUUGUCAACACUGCUUGAUGAAGUAAGUGAUAAAAUGUCUUUUUCCCCUUCUUUUAAAUUUUAACUUCUCCUAGUUAGAUGUCCCUAACUGAACCUGGUGUCAUCACCAAGAUGAUGCUCUCAUCUGCUCUCCAAGCUCUCUUAGAGACCCUGUCUUUUAGCCAAGAAACCAGGGCAGCUUUCCAAGAUGAUGCUUGGGGAAGCAGAACUCAGCUUUUUGUGCUGGGACUGAGCAACUUAACCCAUGUAAAUUACAGUUCUUGUGUUCUUUGUUAGGACUUGCAGCUCCCCUGGAAGGGAACACCCACAUGAUGCAGACCCUGAAGCUCACUGCUGGAUCCAUUAGAGUCACUGUCAGUCCUCUGGGCAAUCCCAUACUGCUGUUGAUACAUUUUGCCAAGUUUUCCAGCAAAAUCUCACUUGUUCUGUUCAUAAUAUUGCUUCAAAUUAGAGAAAUGUUGGAAGAACCUUUAUUUUUCUUCAUAAAAAUUACAAAAAAAACCUUUUUUGAUCUAUUUUAGGUCUCUGUCUGAAAAAUUAACUGUAAUUUCCCAGAAGUGGCUCAGGACUACUAUAUUUGCCUCACACAUUCACUCUACCCCUUCCCCAAAACAUACAGUCUUUCAGGUAGCUCACAGCGAGUUGCAUAAAGCCCUUUUUUAGAAAACAGCUACAAUAUCUGUUUAGGUCCAAUUCCCUGAUAAAUAAAAUAUAUCCCAGAGGCAUAAUAGCAUGCUAAAAAUAAGAGUAUGACACAAUUUGAGCCAGCUAAUACAGUAACUCUGUUUGCUGCAGCUCACAGAGUGUUAAUGUGAGAAGCCUGUAUCUUUCCAGCUCGGCUGGCUGUGAGCGUUGCGCGUGGAUCUCUGCUGGAGCCGGAGCCAAAUCCCACAGUACUGUGCCAUCCUGUGCUCACAAACUCCCCUCCCUCUGGCCUCUCCAGGUGUAAGACCAUAGGGGAAUUGUGAUACAGGAGAUUUUGUGUGAGUCAGGGAACAGAACAGAAGCGCUGCAGUCAGUGGAGCCCAACCUUUAUCAUGUUUGGGAUCAGGUAGUGCCUGUUUGUGACACAAAACACUAACAUAACCUCUCUGAUUGUAAAAGGCAUAAAGAGCUCUACAUAGCUACAAUAUCACAUAUCAAUGUCCCAAAUCAUUUCAUUUUAAGUAUCUAUCAGGGCAUUUUCAAAAAAACCCAACAAAAUUCAAAUCUUGCUGGUAUUAGUUUUUCAGAAGAUUUUUUGGUAGGGUUUUUUUGUUGUUGUUUUAAAGUAAGAUGCAUAGUACCUGUAGAAGAACUCCUCCACGUGUAUCAUGAUGUAUAUUAAACCAUUAUCGUCUAUGUUCUCUAAUUUGAUACUUCACAUAUUUUUAGGAAUGUAUUUUGCUAAUCUAACUCUCCACUUUCAACAGCAAACUCACUCUGCUAACUCAUUCCUUUUGAAUUUUUAUAUUUAAAUUGAAUAUGAAUCUUGGUAUAUGCAUAAAUAUGCUCCAGUGUAUUGCAAGAAGCAGCUUCCUAUGUUUAAAAAAAUUUAGUGAGAAAUUUCAAUAUUUUUUAAUGCUAGUGAAAAUAAAAUUUCGUCUGUUAAGAUGGCACACUGAUAUUCUUAGAAUAGCUACUACUUUAAACGUGUUUUAAUUUUUUUUUUUUUUUACAGAAGCCUCAGUUUGGGAGUCUAUUCUCUUAGUAAAAAAAUAUUAGCUCUGAACAAUCCCAGAAGCAUACUAUAUUAGCAGAAAGAAAAGAGUAUUUAUAGCCAAUAAUUCAGCUGUUAUAAAUUAUGACUGUAAAAAAAGAGAUAAGGGUUCCUUUUUAAAACUUGCUGCCAGAUUCUGAUGCAGAGAUGCUGAGUAAGGUAAGUAAUGUUCUUUUGAUUAACAGUCAAGUCUUGAGUACUUUUCAUUUAAAGAAGAGUUUAUUAAGCGUUUUUCUCAAACUCAUCUUUUUUGUUCUGUUUUGAACAGACUUCCAUGUGAAGAAAACUCUUAAUGACUCUUCAGCCUACAUUAAAUUCUCACUGACAAACAGAUGAGAAUUAUUAUUAAUUUGCUCCAGAAAGAACUAAUAGGCUUUGCCAAAUAAAUCAUGCAGAUCCUAAGUGUGCUAUUUAUCUCUUCUGCAGAUUAUUGCUUAAAAGCCAUGAUAGUUGUCCUUUAAAAAUCAAAAGUCAAAUCAGUUCUUUGACUUGAAGUGAAAAAUUUGGACUGAUGGUUGUCCUGGGCCUUAUUAUUGUUUGGUUUUUUGCAGUUUGGAAAAUGAGAGAGCUGGUGGGCAUGGAUUCUUGAUAAGUGUGGAUUCUUAGCUUCUGGGGAACGCGACCACACCUGGAGACUGGAGGUAACUGGUUUGUGGUAAUGAAUGGCUCAGUUAUUUAUCCCUGCCCGGUAUUAUGGAGCAUCCCAAGUCUCCUGAGAAGCCAAAGCUGACAGUGGAGUUGAACAUCUUCAGCUUGGACACCCUCUGUGUCCAUGUGCCUGUCUGUGUGUCACAGCCAGGGCCUGGACCAGGUCCUGGAGUAUUCCAGCAUCUUCCACUGUUUCAGUUCCCGCUGUUCUGGAAGUUGCAGAUACUUUGUGCUCCUCUUACCUUUUAAGAAUACAUUGUAGGUAAUUAUUAUGUUUACUUAAUUAGCUUUUUGUUGAUUUGAGCUAAUUUGGUGCAGUCACUGGUGCUUCUGCAGUACAUGCUUCCAUUGUCUCUUUGAUUUUUUCCUAAUUAAUGGAAGAGUCUGAUCACCCACUUCCAACUAGUUUUUAAGUACCCUCGUUUAUUUUUUUUUGUUGUUUGGGAAUUGAUUUAGAGUUGAAACAUGUCUCAACUAAUUGCAAGACAUGCUACUACAAAACUCUAUGAAUUAACAAAUACUAAUAUCUACUUAACAUCUGUCCUAGAUACCAGUGUUUAUACCCACACACACCGGAUGCUACUACAGGCUGAAAUGAGAAGAUAGGAACAAUGUAGUUUAUCCAAAGUCUGUAUUUCUCUAGUAAAUUUCUAAUCAGCAUGAGACAUAUAUCCCAUUCAGAUAUUCAGCUGUUCAGCAUCUUCACUAGUAAGAGAACUUUCUAGAUGACCCUUAUGUCAGCAGAAGUUGUGGUUCUGGCUGACAUUACUCAACUAACAUUGUAUGAGAUUCCUCUGAAUGUGUUGACUGCUGUAUCCAUCUUAAAAAAAAAAAAAACCAAAAAACACAACCCCCCCCCCAAAAAAACCCACCAAAAAACCAAACCAAAACCUCAAAAACAACAACAAAAAACCGCACAUGCACAUACUUUUAAUUUCUCCUGUUUGUCACUAAAAUGAUGCAUUAUAAUUUUGCCAACUUGUGCAAACCAGCAUCAUUUCAUAUUCUGGGCACAGCAUAAAUUUUCACAGGAAAAUAUGUGUUAGAAUCACUAGGUCUGUUCAAACAGUUACUUUUCAGUAUCUUCCACCCAUGAAGUUUAGCUGCCUUGUAGUAUCAAAAAUCCAGCUGUACAGGCAGCAGAAAACAAACAAGCAAAAAAAGAAAAAAAAAAAAAAUGUUGGAAGAGGAAAAGGGGAAGGAAGAAACCCAUGUGUGACCUCUGCUGGUUUUAAGACUUACUCAAAAUAUUGUACCUUCAUCAAUGAUUAAACUACUCUCUUUUAAAAUGUAUUGAGCCCUCAUUUUUAUGUGGAUGGAUAUUACUACACCAGAAAUUCAACCUCUCACUGAGAAAAAGGGUUAUCAUAAGAAUGGGAAAAUGACUCAGACAAGUAAAACCAAUGCAAAUGCAAACCUUUCGCCAACUCCUUGAAAGAGAUUGACAAUCCAAAAAGUGUAAACUCAUGGGGGCCUACAUUUCCCAAAAUAGGAAGUGAUGGCAGAUGUUCAGCUAGCACUGACACGUCACAGUAACCAUCGCUCUGGGAGGACAGGUGCUCUUUGAAAACUGGGCAUGUCUAAUAAGAUUGAAAAGGAAGUGCUCAAACACUGAGGUGUCCAAAAAUUUAAUUUGGUUUGUGAAUACAGAUUUUGACUCUUUCUCAAGUUUCUCAUUUUUUUCUUCUUUGUGUGUGUCUUUUCCUUGCUCUGUCUGAAAACAGAAAAAGGGGUAGAAGGCACGAUGGGACUAGAAUAAUACGUGUAUUAAUAUUAAUUGUAUACAUCUGUAUCAGUCAACAGGUUAAUAUUUAGAUGCCAUUUUGAUUACAUAUUUUUUGUUUGUUUAGUUAAGGUUCUUCAGGCGGUUUUCAGAAUAUAUGGGCUGGCAUGGGAAGCAAAACUAGGUUUUAUCAGUUAUAUAUCAAUGCUUCUUAAUACCAUGUGCUUUCAUCAGUGUUUUCUCGAUGCCUUGUUCUUUGUAGGCAGUACUUAGCAUUUAUAGUCCUUCAAGGAGGGUGCUGACUGCAGCUGAGAAGUCAUCCUGGAGAGCAGGGACACAGGUAUCUUCCAUUUAAGAUGUUCAGGCCAAAAUACCACACAUACAUGACCAAACUGACUUUUACUUAGGUACUACAUGAUAGGAAAAGUCAGUCAAAUUUUCGUAUUUUAAAGAAUGAAAGCAAAACUGUCCAUCUUGCCGUCAAAUGCAUCUGCACUUUCCUGUGCCCCAGACCCUGCACACCCUCAUCUCUCAAGCAGAGGUGCCUACAAAAAAGCUGGAGAGGGAUUUUUUUAUAAGAGCAAGUAGUGGUAGAACAAGAGGGAAUGGUUUCAAACUGAAAGAGAGCAGGUUUAGAAUAGGUAUAAGGAAGAAAUUCUCAACUGUGAGGAUGGUAAGGCAUGGGCACAGGUUGCCUAGAGAAGCUGUGGCCGCCCCAUCCCUGGAAAUGUUCAAGUCCCUGUUGCAUGGGGCUUUGAACAGCCUGCUCUGGUGUGAGAUGUCCCUGCCUGUGGCAGGGGUUGGAACUGCGUGAUUGUUAAGGUCCCUUCUGACCCAAACCAUUCUAUGGUUCCAUGUUGCUCCCUGUGCCAGAGGCCGCAGUGCCCAGAACACGGAACCGGCCACUCUGUGACAUCAGCCCCGGGGGCCGAGGGUGCCGUGGGUGCUGCGGGCACUGUGGCUGUGCUGGCGCACAGAGGCCUCGCUCUCCCAGCUGACACGAGCCACGGGCAGUGAUGCUGCUGCUCUGGCUCCUUGUCCUGCUGGCCACGUGCAGGCCCGUGCAGGGCAUGUGGAACACCUGCGAAGGGAGCUGUGGGCUCCGGCCUUUGACUUCUGAUGAUGAGCAAGGCAUGACACGCGUCGUGGGUGGCACAAGUGCCAAGGCAGGGGCCUGGCCCUGGCUUGUUAGCAUCCAAGAUCCCUCAGUAUCAGGCACGGGGCAUCUGUGCGGAGGGUCCCUCAUCAGCACACAGUGGGUCCUCACUGCAGCCCACUGCUUUGCCGACUCCAGGAACAUCAGUUCCAUGCGCCUGCUGAUCGGGGCCACCCAGCUGACUGAGCCGGGCCCUGGGGCCGAGGUGCGCCUGAUCAAGCGGCUGCUGGUUCACAAGGAAUACGGUGCUUCUGACCAGAGCAAUGACAUCGCGCUGCUGGAACUGAACGAGCCUGUCCUGUGCAGCCCCUACAUCCAGCUGGUCUGUGUGCCCAACGCCACGCUAAAUGUGGCAGAGCUGGAAACCUGCUAUGUCGCUGGCUGGGGUGCCACCACUGCAAGAUCUCAAAAAUCAAGCGAUGUCCUGCAGGAGGCCAAGGUCCACCUUAUCAGUGUCCAGGUCUGCAACAGCAGCGAGUGGUACGCAGGGGCCAUCCACACCCACAACUUGUGUGCUGGCUACCCGGAGGGUGGCAUCGACACCUGCCAGGGUGACAGCGGUGGUCCUCUCAUGUGCAAAGACAACAACGCUGACUUCUUCUGGGUCGUCGGAGUGACCAGCUGGGGAAGAGGCUGUGCCAGAGCAAAACAGCCUGGAAUAUAUACCUCUGUUCAGCACUUCUAUGACUGGAUUCUGGUCCAGAUGGAACUGCUUCCACAAGUAGAGGCUUCUCGGGCAUGGAGUCAUACAACCGCCUCGCAACCCUGGAGUCAUCAUACAAAUGCCCCAUGGCCCACUCAGAAGCCAUGGCCAACCCGACCACCCACUCAUAAGCCAUGGCCAACAGCACUCCCCACUCAUAAGCCAUGGCCAAAACCAACCCCCACUCAAAACCUAAGUCCAAUACCAACACCAGUGAAAGAGAUUAACAAGUGCCCAUUUCCAGUCAAGUUGCUGGUGGAAUUCUUCGCUCAGAUCAAGGAGCUCCUGAAGAACCUAAAGGGAAUUACAGGUUGAGCAGGAGAAUGGACAGAAUCCAGUGCAGGCUGCAUGGGACCACGACUCUUUCCUGCUGAGGCAAUGGCUGCUGAUCCAAAGGCCGCCUCAAUGCCAAAGACCUGCUCUGUCCUGCCCACAUUGCUCCUCUGCAUGUAUGCAAAUGCUAACGUUGACUUAGUUGCUGAAAUAAAGUUGCCUAUGUUUGCAGUUAA